UCGUGUAGUUCCGAGCGUUGCUGUUCUCUUUCAUCUCAUUUGUAUGCAUGUGUGCAUCCUGUGAUGUUGCAUUUCGUGUCUUGUAUUGCAAGACAUUCGGCUCAUUCUUAACGAGAAAAAAUGGCUGUUGACGAUGUCAUCAACGAGGAUCCUGAUCUGUAUGAUAUCACUGACUUUACCACAUCGACAGACUGGGAGAGAUUUGUGGCUUCAAUUGAGGCUGUGAUACAUGAAUGGAAGCUGACUUCAUUAAAGCCCGUUAGUCCUCUAAAUGAGAGCGAACUUGCAAAUGGCACUUGGGAAAUGUCAUCUGAAGACAUAAGUUUUGCACGAUUUGGUUUCACGAUAACGCGACAUUACUUAGCUUCUGCUGUAAAACAUGAUGACAACAUGUCCAUUGAAGGUUCCUCCGAUGAUCUACCUCCAUUUGCACUGGAAGAUAUGGUAACCUUUGGGAAUGAUUUUCCCCCACGUGCACACUACCUCGUCCGUUGGUAUGGCAUCCGUGACUUCUUAGUGAUAACACCUAACCCUGACGAUCAAAUUGUUGGUACAGAAGAUAGAGCAAAAUUGCUACUCAGUUCAGUCUGCUUGGCAUUGAGUAACUCAAAAUGUACCCUACCUGCAUUUGUGCAAAUACAUCACCUGCAGGAGAGGCUAUGCUUUGGUGUCUGUAUUGGAGGAGGUGUGACAACUUACUUUGACAUGGUUCAUAUUGUUCACAUUCCACCUAUGUGCGGCACUUUAUCAGGCCUGCUCUCCCUGUUCAAAACAAAACUGUCAUACUCGUCGCAGGUAGCCUUGCCACCAGUAGACAUAACCAUUCGCUUUACAUACAUUAUUAAUGAGUGGUCUCCAUAUGCAUGGCCUCAGUUACCACCAGAUGUGACAGAAGAGCUGGAUGAUGCAGAGUCAUUCAAUCUGCAAAAGAUACCUUUUGGUGCACUUGAAGAUCCAAUAUCGGAAAUGCAGCUUUCAGUGACAUGGCCAUCUCUCCCUGAAGACGUUAUUAUUGACAGCGAUGUUCACAGUGAUCUUCGUCCAACAAAUGCACCGAAGUGGUUGGUACGAAUGCGUUGGAAUGAGAACCCUCAAUGUCUCAUGGAGGAGUAUCUUCAAAACUUUCUUCAGCUGUGUGAUAAAAAGAGCUCAUUGAAUCCAGCCUUCAAGAAUGUAUUUACAGAAGAUGAAGUCUCAGCUCAGGCAAACUAUCGUGAUGUACUCGACAGGAUGGCUCCACAAACUUCCUUACCCGUGUCGUUAGGUGUGUCACUCCGUCCUACAUCAGAGAAUAUGCAGGAAACUCAGCUGAGUAUACUUGGAAAUGAUGUCUUUAUGAAGAUUAUGGGCUACAUCUUCCUGAGUUUAGAUGACAACCAGUUUAAAGACAAGGCCUUGUUUGAUGACGGCUUGGAUGAAGGCACUUCCAUGGAAAGUACAAGCACCAACACAAAACUCCAAGAACUAAAGGAAAGCUUAUGUACCAUGAAGACAACACAUCCAGGAAGCCUAGUAUGGCGACUUGCUCUCGCUGUCUCUUAUGUCUAUUACAAAUGGGGAGACUUGCAAGCAGUCGAACAACUUUGGAUGAAAGUUAUUUCAGAAAUCCGGCACAGCUGGGACAACAACUACAUGCUUCCAAGUUUCGAGCCUGGCGCCCCGAACCUCGCCACGUGCCUUCUGCAUCAAAAGCUUCAGAUGCUGAACUGCUGCAUAGAACGCAAAAUGAAAAGAGAACGCAGGCAGCAGGUGGUGGAAAGCGGUACUCAAAUGAGAUCCGGAUCCAGUGAAAGCGACGAGGAUGAGUUUUACGAAUGUCCAGAUGAAUUCAGUGUCGAGGCAAAGAAAGAUUCAAAUGCCACUAAGCGUGAUCCCUCAAGCGCAGAGUCCAGUGAACGUGUUGGUGAAGGAAUACUUCGUCAGUGCGGGAAUAUGACUUUACUGGGGACGUCCAAACCACUAUUCAUACCAGUAACACAGGACCCUGUACCGAUGACCGAAGAUAUGCUAGAAGAGCACGCUGAGGCCCUAGUGCAGUUGGGGAGCAAUCCGGAAGGUGCAGCUCUUCGAGCACGUAUGCAGAGUGCUUGCCUUCUCUCAGAUAUGGAAGCCUUCAAGGCUGCUAACCCUGGAGCUAGCCUGGGAGAUUUUGUUCGUUGGUACUCUCCUCGUGACUGGAUUGCGGCCGUGAUAGACGAAGUGUCUGGCGAGGUGUUACAGGAAGGCCACCUUAGUCCGCGAAUGCAGCUGCCAGGGAACACAUGGCAGGAAGUAUGGGAUACGGCGCGACCUGUGCCCGCGCAUCGCCAGAAACGUCUCUUUGAUGACACCAAGGAAGCUGAGAAGGUGCUCCACUACUUGCUUUCCAUGGGCCCUGCUUCCAUUGCGAGCCAACUCAUGCCAGUUCUGGUACAUUGUGCUCUGGCACAAAUUGUUCAAAAGGCUUCCAAGGGGCCUCCGUCUCUGGUUAGAACUCUGGAUCAAACCAUUACGAAGACCAGCGCACAGCUCAGAGGGAAAACGCCCAAGUACAAGGAGGUUCUACGGUUGCUAUACGACGCAGAAGUUGCCAUAGUUCAGGGGGAAAGCUUGCGACAGAAAUUCGAUCAGAUUCAGCACACUGAAGCGUCAAGUGCUGGAACUUCCGAUAAGCAGCAGCCUUCGGCGGCUAAGCGCCGGCAGAGUUCGGGCAGCAGUCCAGAGAGCGAGUUCGAAAGCUUUGUCAUGGACUUGCUUGACAAACCCGAGGUUGACGUACCUGGUGCUGGGAAGGGACCAGUUGGGAAGGUGCUCUCUAAGCUGUUUACGGAUUCGCAGAAGGUGGCUGACACAACGUCGGAAGUGGAACAUAUUUCCGAGUAUAAAUUUCCAGUUCCUGUUGGACGCGAGUACAUUUUAAGGGCUCGUCAUGCACGUCCCACUCCAGCUUCACGGCCCAUGCCCCAGCGAAUGUAUUGUGUCAUGGCAGGGAAUGACUUCAGACUCGCUGGAGCAUUUACGAACGAUCUGGUAUUUUACUAACUCUACUGUAUCGCGGUGGUGGUAUAAAAUGUACAUACUAACACAAUAAAAUGAAUAUCUAUCUUGA